AGGCAGUACAAUACAAGCUCUGGGAAUCUAAAUUCCUGUUCCUCUGGGACCUGUGUCUUCCUGUGGAUACCUGGGUCUUACAGCCAUGCCUUUCACAACUCCUGCCCCUUCUAACAAGAGGAAGAAGGCCAACAAGAUCAUCACUGACCUGUCCCACAUCAGCCAGAAUGAGGACGAAUCGGACCCUGAUGCUGCUGAGUUCGACCUGGGCACCAAGAUCAAGACUCCCAGGGAUGUGAUGCUGGAGGAGCUCUCCCUGCUCAAAAACAAGGGGUCUAAGAUGUUCAGGAUGAGGCAGCAGAGAGUAGAGAAGUUCAUCGUGACCAGUGAGAACAUGGUAAGAGUAAGGAAGACAAACGGUCUGCUCAUGUUUUUUGAACCCACAUUCUCUGUUCAACAUUACAUUUCCUGUCUUUUUUUCUUCCAGCAGAACCUUCAGAACCUGCUGAUGUCUCCUCCUGUUCCACCAAAGCCUGAAAUGCCGAAGGAAGAAAAGGUGGAAGAGAAAGUGAAUGAGGAGGUAGAGAGGGCAAAGAGGAGGAAGGAGUAUGUACGCACCUACAUAUCGCCAUGGGAACGUGCCAUGAGGGGCAAUGAGGACCUGGAAGCCACCAUGAAGGCCUGCAUGCCAGGACCCAUCCAAAUCCACCCGGAAAUGCCUCAGUACAAGAGCUUCAAUAGGACAGCACUGCCAUUUGGCGGCUUCGAUAAAGCGUCCAAGAUGCUGACCUUUGAGCUCCCACAGCUCAGCGCUGCCAAUGAGGAGCCGGAGCCUCUUCCCUCCCUGCAGGCCGACAUCCGCUCACGGCCCUCGUUCAACCGCACGCCCAUUGGGUGGGUCUGCAGUGAGGACAACUCACACAUCCACAUGGGCCCGGACAUCCCCUUCGAUGGAGAGACAGACGAUCUGUGAACACGCAUGCAGACACAAGCAUAUUUACAGCAUGUAGAUGGAAAAACACAAACAUCAAAAAAUGCACUGGACCUCCGAAACACCCGCAUACAUGAAGAAUGUGUUUUUGCAUGUGGGUAAAAUAAUGUGCAGAUUAUAACUUAUGCCACAAAAAACAGCAGCAUAAGGCCUGUUUUAACUGCAGAAGCACACUUGAACACACAAUGACAUUGACUUUAAUUGAACAGACACAUAAAAUAGCUUGAAAAUGACUCAAAAGGACAAAGUAUCUCCCAGGUCUCCUGUGUGCUUCCUCACCCCCUCAAUUCUGAAUGAGUCUUACUCUGAUUUUGCAUUCUGUG